AAAGUCAAAAAGAAAAAAACGCCAAGAAAAUUACGACGGAAUCCGUACUUAUUACAAAACAAAAAAACCCUGUGAAGAUUCCAAUGGCGACCCCGAAAACCUGUGAAGUCUCAGCUGAAUAACAGUGGAGUGGACGAGCUGGAAUCUCUCUCUCACUCUCUCUCUCUCUCUCUCUCAUCUCUAAACUUUACCCCUAAAACGCUUCACUUUCUCCCUCUAAAAUCUUCUCCACAACCACAACCACAACCACAACCAUGACCGCCGCUUCACCUCCUCCCUCUCCUGCUCCUGCCCCUCCUCCCAUCUAGCCUCAACCUCCCACACCCACCCGGUCUCCCUUUCCAACCACCACGUAAUAUAUACAUACCUCUUCCUACUACCCAGCCGGUAUCUAUAUCUAACCGAAUUGAAUGGCGUCAACGCCACCGCACUGUUCAAUCACAGCAACGACUAAGCAUUAUCAAAACCACCCCUAUCCACACAACCAGUUAAAAAACCACCGUCAAACCCACAACCAAAACCCCCACCAAAGAUGGACUUCUAAUCAAAGAGUCUCUCUUGCCAAACCCCCUCUUCCUCCUUCUCGCAAUGCACCAAAACCCGCCGCCACCACCACCACCACCACCACCCAACACCCCCAAAUCCACCCCACCUUCUCUUCCUUUCAACCCCCCAAAUCCGAACUUGUCUCCGAUUUCCCAGGUCGCCGCUCCACCCGCUUCGUUUCUAAGCUCCACUUCGGGCGCCCCAGAACAACCAUGGGCACUCGCCACACCUCAGUCGCCCAAGAAGCUCUCCAGAACGUAAUUGAGUAUGGGAAAGACGAGAGGGCCCUUGAAAAUGUGCUGCUUAAUUUCGAGUCUCGUCUUUCUGGGUCGGAUGAUUAUGUUUUCUUGCUUCGGGAGCUUGGUAAUCGAGGAGACUGUAAAAAAGCCAUUUGUUGCUUUGAAUUUGCAGUGAAAAGGGAGAGGAAGAAGAAUGAACAAGGUAAGUUGGCGAGUGCCAUGAUUAGUACUCUUGGUAGGUUAGGUAAAGUAGAGAUGGCUAAGACCGUUUUUAAGGCUGCUCUUACUGAAGGCUAUGGUAAUACUGUUUAUGCUUUCUCUGCUAUAAUCAGUGCUUAUGGUAGAAGCGGUUAUUGUAAUGAGGCUAUCAAGAUUUUUUAUUCGAUGAAAGAUUACGGAUUGAAGCCCAAUUUGGUUACUUAUAAUGCUGUUAUUGAUGGGUGUGGGAAAGGGGGUGUGGAGUUUAAGCGAGUAUUGGAGAUUUUCGACGAGAUGUUGAGAAAUGGAAUGCAGCCAGAUCGAAUUACGUUCAACUCGCUUCUUGCUGUGUGUAGUAAAGGAGGGUUGUGGGAAGCGGCGAGGAGCUUGUCUUGUGAGAUGGUGAAUAGAGGGAUUGAUCAAGAUAUUUUUACUUAUAAUACGCUUCUGGAUGCUGUUUGUAAAGGUGGGCAACUUGACAUGGCUUUUGAGAUCAUGUCUGAGAUGCCCGCCAAAAAUAUAUUGCCUAAUGUCGUGACUUAUAGUACCAUGAUUGAUGGAUAUGCUAAGGCUGGUAGAUUAGAUGAUGCGCGCAAUUUGUUUAACGAAAUGAAGUUUCUGGGUAUAAGUUUGGAUAGAGUUUCUUAUAACACCUUGCUUUCUAUUUAUGCUAAGCUUGGUAGGUUUGAGGAAGCUAUGGAUGUUUGCAGGGAGAUGGAAAAUUCUGGGAUUAGGAAAGAUGUUGUGACUUAUAAUGCGCUUUUGGGUGGGUAUGGGAAACAAUACAAGUAUGACGUGGUUAGAAAAGUGUUUGAAGAGAUGAAAGCCAGGCAUGUAUCACCCAAUCUAUUAACUUACUCAACUUUGAUUGAUGUGUAUUCAAAAGGUGGUUUGUAUAGGGAAGCAAUGGAUGUUUUUAGGGAGUUUAAGAAGGCUGGGUUGAAGGCUGAUGUUGUUCUUUAUAGUGCAUUGAUAGAUGCCUUGUGCAAGAAUGGGUUGGUGGAGUCUGCUGUGUCUUUGCUUGAUGAGAUGACCAAGGAGGGAAUUAGGCCUAAUGUGGUCACUUACAAUUCCAUUAUAGAUGCAUUUGGCCGGCCAGCAACCACAGAAUCUGUGGUUGAUGAUGCUGGCCAGACCAGUGAGUUGCAAAUUGAUUCUCUAUCUUCAAGUGCUGUUGAGAAGGCCACUAAAAGUCUGGUGGCUGACAGGGAGGACAACCGGAUCAUAAAGAUUUUUGGGCAGCUUGCUGCUGAAAAGGCAGGUCAAGCAAAGAACAGUGGCGGGCAGGAAAUGAUGUGCAUUUUGGGAGUCUUUCACAAGAUGCACGAGCUGGAAAUCAAGCCAAAUGUGGUCACAUUUUCAGCCAUUUUGAAUGCUUGCAGUCGUUGCAAUUCCUUUGAAGAGGCUUCAAUGUUACUGGAGGAGCUCCGGUUAUUUGAUAACCAGGUUUAUGGCGUGGCCCAUGGACUUCUUAUGGGUUAUAGAGAAAAUGUUUGGGAGCAAGCACAAUCUCUCUUUGAUGAAGUAAAAUUGAUGGACUCUUCGACAGCAUCUGCCUUUUACAAUGCCUUGACUGACAUGUUAUGGCACUUCGGUCAGAAAAGGGGUGCACAACUGGUUGUGCUUGAAGGGAAACGUCGCCAAGUGUGGGAGAAUGUGUGGUCUGAGUCUUGCUUAGAUUUGCAUCUAAUGUCUUCUGGGGCUGCUCGGGCAAUGGUGCAUGCAUGGUUGCUGAAUGUACGUGCUAUUGUGUUUGAGGGUCAUGAGGUGCCAAAAUUAUUGAGCAUUUUGACUGGAUGGGGCAAACACAGCAAAGUAGUUGGUGACAGUACGCUAAGGCGAGCUGUUGAGGCCCUUCUCAUGGGCAUGGGUGCACCCUUUAGGUCAGCCAAAUGCAACUUAGGUCGACUUAUAUCAACAGGAUCUGUUGUUGCUUCCUGGUUAAGAGAAUCUGGAACGCUAAAAGUUCUUGUACUUCAUGAUGACAGAACGCAUCAAGAAAAUUUGAGGUUUGGUCAAAUCUCUAAUUUGCAAAUGCUUCAAUUGUAGCUAAUUGGAUCGUGUUGUGCAUUUUGUCUCCCCUUUGUAAGUUAUUGAAAUAGAGAUACAGUUGCUUGUGUGUGUGUGUGUUGAAUGGAUGCGGAGCUAAACAUUAGAAGUUUCUCAAGUCGCGUGGGAGAAUGUGUUCAUUUUGCCAUUUUAAGUUCACAAAAAGAACGAGGCUUGAGGGUUAUCUUGUUUGAUUUUUGUGACGGCCAUGGACUGUAAAAAGAAAGUGGCGUUUCUUUUCAUCUAAGGACAAGAUUUUAAGGCAUAUAUGAUAAAAUCUUGAGUUGAUAUGA